CCUCACCACCCCACCCCACCCCAGCAAAAGCACCUCGGCCUCGGCGUGCGCGUUCGGUCAAAACCCACCGCGCCGCUGCCCGCCUCCCCCCAAAACGCCACUACAAAUCCCGCACAUUCCCCAGCAGCCGCUCGCCAGAGCUCCCGAGCGUGCCGAGACGACGGAAGCGGAAAGGCGGUGCCUCCGAGCUCGAGGGAUUGCGAGCUAGAGACACCCAAGGAUGGGGGACGACUCGGACGGGGAGGCGGAGGAGUACCUGUUCAAGGUGGUGAUCAUCGGGGACAGCGCGGUGGGCAAGAGCAACCUGCUCUCCCGCUACGCGCGCAACGAGUUCAACCUCCACUCCAAGGCCACCAUCGGGGUCGAGUUCCAGACGCAGAGCAUGGACAUCGACGGCAAGGAGGUCAAGGCCCAGAUCUGGGACACCGCCGGCCAGGAGCGCUUCCGCGCCGUCACCUCCGCCUACUACCGCGGGGCCUUCGGCGCGCUCCUCGUCUACGACAUCUCCCGCCGGGGCACAUUCGACAACGUCGGCCGAUGGCUCCAGGAGCUCAACACACAUUCUGACACCACGGUGGCCAAGAUGUUGGUGGGCAACAAAUGCGAUCUGGACAACAUCCGUGAAGUGCCAGUGGAGGAAGGCAAAGCACUUGCCGAGUCUGAGGGACUCUUCUUCAUGGAGACCUCAGCUCUGGACUCGACGAACGUCAACACAGCAUUCGAGCUCGUCAUCAAGGAGAUCUACAGCAGCGUGAGCAGGAAGAUCCUGAACUCCGACUCAUACAAGGCCGAGCUAUCCCUCAACAGGGUGAGCAUCGACGACGGUGACUCGAAAGACGGCCAGAAGCAGACGAGCCGGUUAGGGUGCUGCUAGCCAGUCCUGGUGUGAUGAAUUUUUUGUUGUCAUUGGUGGUAUCGUUUGUAAACAUGUAGCCCGAAAUUGGAUUGUGGUUCUGUUACACACCUGAGUUACAGACUUCACAGGGUGGGAGGAGGAUAGUUGUUGUAAGAAUGGGGACGAACUGUUUCUCGCUGUUAACUGAAAAAGCCAUGCGGCUAAGAGUUGUCACAUUUUGCUAA